GAAAUCACUUUCAUCGCUCGCUCGGUGUUAUUUUUUUGUAUUUGAGCCUUAAAUUGAGCCCCCUUUCCACGUUUGAUGUUGUUCUAAAGCACCUUUUGCACUACACAACGCGCGAAUUUUCAACGAUAUCACUUUCUGGCAUCGCCUCUCUCGGAUGUCACAAAAGAGAAAUUCAUCAAAAGUGACACCAAUUUAAGGAGUAAAAAAACUUGUGGACUGAAAUUUUGUGAUAUUUUAAGUGAAAACUCGCGAAUUCGAAAGGGAUGGCUUCAAUGAAGAAGGAGAGUCUCGAAGAGCGCCUUGAACGGAUCCGGAAGAAAAAUGAAGAAAUUGAGAAAAAACAUCAGGAAACGGAGCGUGACAAACUUCUCGCCAAAGUCCAGGGAGCUUUAGUGGAUUGUAAAGCAUCUGAUGACGAUUGGCCCAAAGGUCACAAAUACGACAAGCUGGAUUUCACAUAUGACGUGCCUGCUGACAAGCUAGAGGCUGAAAAAGCUGCCAAAUUAGAAUUACAGCAACGACGUGAGCAAUCGAAGCAGCCCACGAACAGUCGUGGAAGUCGAUUUACCGACAUUCCGCAAGAUCCAAAGUCCUUUUUGGCGGAUGAGGAACGCGGCGAUAAGCCAAAACCGCAACAACCGUCGCAAGAAAAGCCUCCGAAGCAGGAACGCAAGCAAAAUGGGGAGAAACGCGGAAGUUUCGAGAAGAAACCUCAAACACCUCCGCAUCCCUCGUCACAUCAAGCAACUGGAAAUUAUCAACAAACGUCUCCGCUGCAGCAGCAGCAGCAACCGCAACAAGGAGGUCGUCAAAUCGUCGGGCGUCACAAGAAAUCUCCCAAGUCGCCACAAAUGCACGAAAUGAGCGACGUUCCCCUAUCGCCAUCACAGCAAUUCGCGCCCGACGUUUUCGCACAAGACUUUAGCAAUCUCACGGUUUCCGUGUCAAAAGACGGCGACUACAAAAGUGUUCGUUUAUCGCAAACCCCGAUGAUUGGCAGCGGCAGAGUUGGACCGCGUCAAAUCACAAAAACGCAAUUUCAGGGUAUCGAGCCCGAAAUGGAGCACUUUGGAGGCAGAGCCGCAAAUCCUGAGAUACAUCGAGGCGGAAAUCAGCACAAUAAACCGUCGUCGGGCGGAGAUCGUCGUCCGUUCAACAAGGAGAAACGCAAUGGCAACAACAACAACUUUAAUCGCCAUCAACCACAAAAAUCUAGUCCACAAAGUAAUAAUUCACAGAACAAUCAUCAUCCGCAAGUUGCUGCACCGAAUGCCGCGGCACCGCAAUCGACUGUCAAGCAAUUCAGCGUUCAGGAUCGUCUCAAACGAGCACAAGCUUCCGUCGGCAACAAUAAUUCGAAGAAUGUGAUUCUCAAUAUUGUAGCAACAAACGACGACGUAGAACGUAAUUAAUUGCAAAAGCACAAAAAGUGCCCUAAAGUUUUUUUUUUAAAUGUGAAAAUCUUAAAAAAGAUUUUUUCUCUCAGCAUUUAUAACUUUUUGACGAAACGUACUGCUAAAAGUUUUCCAAAAAAAAAAAGAUAUCAAAAAAAUUCUUCAAAAGAAAUUAAAAUUCGAAAAUCGAUGACAAGAUGAUUGCUUAGUUCGUAAGAAACCAAAUCGUAUUUAUGCUAAUUUUUAAGAAAAUUCUUGUUUUUUUCGUGCAAUAUUUAAUUUUUCUGCGCUCAAACAAAAACUUUUCCAAAUUCCAUUUUUUUGAAACACUAUUUGAAAAAAAACUCCGAGCCUCAUAUUUUUUUUAGUAACUAACUUCUAGUCUUUUUCUCUCUUUCGUAUCGUACUAAUUUAUCAAGACCAAGACUUGUGUAAGAUAUCCACUCCAUUAAUUUAUUUUAACUACUCAAGCUAGAAAUUCCAUUAAAAUGGAAAAUACUAAAAAAUUAAGUGAAUAAGGAGAUACUAAUAAAUAAAAAGUGUCAUUAC